AUGGCGGACGCUAUCGUCACCGUUGUGGUGGAGCGGCUUGCAGCUAUACUUAGAAACGUGUUGGAUGAUGCGGAGAAGAAGGGUUAUAAGGACAAAAGCGUCAAAGAUUGGCUUCGUAGGCUCGAAGACAUGUCGUAUGAAAUGGACGAUGUGUUGGAUGAAUGGAACAUUUCCAUUAUCAAACUUCAUAAGAGGGAACAAAAGGUAUGGUCCUUAAUCCAAUCUCCGAGUUUAUUUUUCAAGAAAGCUAUUACUCGUCAUGAUAUUGCGUUGAAAAUAAAACAAGUGAAAGCACGGCUCGAUCUAAUUGUGGUGGAGAAAGAUCGAUUUGGUUUUGUGGCCUCUCAACCUGCAGAUCAUUCCUUCGAAUCGCGGAGAGUUCAGUCUACUUCUUUGAUUGACUUGGAGGAAAUUUGUGGCCGCGACUUAGAGAGAGAAGAUUUGGUGAGGAAACUUGUGGGUGAAGGUGGUAUUGAAGAAGACUUAGGCGUCGAUCCCUUUGACGAGGUUGAGAUUGCCAAAGGAAUUGUGGAGAGCGUGAAAAGGGAGAAGUGCCCAAAUAACAACCGAUUGGAAAUGGUACUACAAUUUCUGAAGGUGAGUAUUUCAGGGAAAAAGUUUCUUCUUAUCCUGGAUGAUGUUUGGACAGAAGACUAUACAAAGUGGGAGUCCCUGAAAACUUGUCUUAAAUGUGGUGGAGCGGGUAGUAAAAUUUUGGUGACUACCAGAAACAAGAGGGUUGCAUUAAUGAUGGGAACCGUUGAAAACGAGAUCCAUCAUCUAGGACAUCUCUCUCAUGAAGAUUGUUGGUUAUUAUUAAGCCGGAUAGCCUUUUUUGGAAAGAAUAAAGAGGAAUGUGAAAAAUUCCAUAACAUAGGUAAGAAUAUUGCUAAGAAGUGCAAUGGAUUGCCACUUGCCGCGAGGGCUUUGGGAAGUCUUUUGCGUUUUAAAAAUACAUUGGAAGACUGGGAGACUGUAUUGCAUAGUGAAAUAUGGGAGUUGGAGGAAGUAGAAGUUGACCUCUUUCCCCAUUUGCUUAUGAGUUAUAACGAAUUGUCCCCAAUACUUAAGCGUUGCUUCUCAUAUUGUGCGGUCUUUCCCAAAGAUACCCUUAUUGGUGUUGAGAGCUUAAUUAGAAGAUGGAUGGCAAUGGGUUAUUUAGGAUCAAGUCGGAGUAAUGGUGAAACUGAUGACUGGAAAGCUAGAGGAAGAGAGUACUUUGAUAAGUUAGCAACGCGUUCUCUGUUUCAAGACUUUGUGAAAUGUGAUUUGCAUGAGCAAAUAGACUCGUUUAGGAUGCAUGACAUAAUACACGAUUUUGCUAGAUUCCUUAUUAAAAAGAAUGGCGGAUUAAUGAAGAAAAUAAGUUGCCAAACAUGUAGCCCUUUGUUAGUUUCCCAUGUCAAAGAGUAUCGUAGCUUAUUUCGCUACAAAGAACUUGUUGAUCCACAUAUUUGUGAUUGUCUCACAAGUCUGAGGUUGCUAAGCCUCAGGGAAUGUGGCUUGAAAAGUAUUCCAAAAGAAAUAGAAAAGUUGAUUCACUUGAGGUGGUUGGACUUGGGUCGUAAUAAAAUCUCCAAUGAAAAUUUUAAAAAUAUUUGUAAGUUGUAUAACUUACAAUUUCUAUGGAUGGACCGGUGCGAGCUACAAGAGAUUCCGCAUACACUUGGGAAUUUGAUUCACUUGAUACACUUGAAUUUGGGCAAUAAUAAAAUUUCUGCCGAAGAUCUCAAAACCAUUUGUAAGUUGUAUAGCUUGCAAUUUCUUAGUGUCGACCGAUGUGAGCUACAAGAGAUUCCUCAGGAAAUCGGGAAUUUGAUUCAGUUGAUACACUUGGACUUGAGCCACAAUAAACUUCUAAAAGAGUUGCCGGAGAGCAUUUGCGGUUUGCGCGAAUUAGAAAGCUUGAACGUUGAAGGGUGUACGAGUCUUUCUGGGCUACCCCAAGAGAUCAACAAGCUCGUAAAACUCAAACACCUCUACAACUAUGGUAUCGAUUCUCCAAGGCAAUUUCAACAAGGACUAGCCGAGUUAACCAAUCUUGUCACGUUGAAAAAAUUCCUUCGUUGUAAUGGGAGCAAGUUAGGAUGGUUGAAGAAUUUAAACCGACUUAGCGGGUCCCUUAAACUGACGAUCGAAUUAAGUGUCGAUUCACUAGAAGAGGUGGUUGACGAUGCUCGUAAAGCGGAAUUGAGGAAAAAGAUGCACAUCCGGAAUCUCCAAAUACAUUUUUCCGGAUCUACCGGUGAAGUUAAGGCCGAAUCGAUAUGGAUGGGUUUAGUAGAGGCUCUUGAGCCAAAUUCAAACCUGAAAAAUCUGGAAAUUUGGCACUAUAAGGGCUCGCGGUUUCCGAGAUGGAUUGCGUCGCCUCUCAACCAACUCAGAUCUAUCAAACUCGGCCGUUGCGAGUUCCUUUCAUCGCUUCCGUCUCUGGGUAAACUACCGCUCCUGGAGAAUUUUGAGAUCUGGACCAAUUCUGAAUUGCAAUUUGUUGGACGCGAAUUCCUGGGAAUAACAACAACAACAACAAUAACAAUAACAACAACAACAACAGCAGCAACACGAGGUAUUCAUAGUAAAGAAGAAUCUUCGUCGAAGACUUGCACGAAUGGGUUUCCCAAGCUGCAUGCACUGAAAUUCUACAACUGUUCUAAGUGGAAGGAGUGGGAGAACAUUACGCCUGAAGACGAAGAAGAAGAAUAUUCCGGUGGCGUCAUGUUAAUGCCUUGUCUGGCGGAGUUGACUAUCGUAAACUGCAAGGGUUUGGCGGAGCUGCCACAUCGCCUCCUGCGAAAGGCGGCGUCGUCGUUAAAGUGGGUUUUGUAG